AUGGCGCUUUCACGCCAUCAUGCUGCCUUCUCGAAGCCGCGGACGGUCGAAGAGAUCGUGCGUGAAGCUCAGAACUUUGACUUCAAUACUGGGCGUUCCAUGCAGCAAUGGCUCCGCUCGGCAAAGAUGUUGCUGACAGAAGCCUCAAUCUGCGAGGAGGAAGGCAACUACCAGACCGCAUAUCUGUACAUAUACCGACAUUGCGAACUUGUCCUCCAAAAGCUUCCCGAGCAUCCGGACUAUCGCGACCCUCGGUACAAGCACGAACUCGCCCACGCUAGGAAAGCGGUACAGAAAGGUCUCGUCAAGCUCGAACAAUGGAAGCCGAGAAUCACUCAGAACUAUCAACGCUAUGUCAAGGCUAUGGAACGACGAAAUGCCGAACGGCAAAGAGCUCAGAAAGAGUUCAACCAAGGGACCUCGCAGUAUCCGUCGUACAAUGACUCUCGGAGAGGAUCUCGACAAUCACUUGAUAGUGCACCACCCAGCCCUACGCAAACAGUCAGUGUGUUGAAUGAUCGAAAUUUUGCCGUGGAGCUUGCACAUCGAGAGAUACGAAGGAGAGAUGCCACUCGCACGUCUACGAAACAGGCGGGCAUUUCACCUGGCACGGUUGCCUCGAGACGCCAGGGCAUUGUCGGUCGUGAGUAUGGAGAUGAGGGUUACGAUAAGAACGGGGUACGAGAAGCUGCGAGUCACCUCGAACGGCCAACAACUCAAGACCGGGAUGAACCGCGCGCAUGGCGGCGUCCACAUUCUUCAUACUUCUACCCAAGCGUUCCACUUAAGGAGGAGAGGAUAGACUGGAAUCGUCCUCCGCCAGUCGCACCAGAGUCUAGACAUGCAUUGCCACCAGCGAGACCUGCUAAAGAGGCUCUGUACGACCAGCAAACUUCUGAGCUUGCAAGUGGGCCACCUAGAGUGCCCCCAAGGCCUCGAUACGACAGUCCCACCAUGUCAGCAUCGGAUCGCAGCUUUGAACAACAACCCCAGCUUCCCUCGAAAUACACUUUCGAACCAUCGGCGUACACAGAAGCUGGCGAGCCUCUACGGACAGUGAUUCUGCCACCGGCACUGCGCAAUGCAUUCCUCAACCUGGCUCACCCAAAUACAGCCAGAAACAUGGAGACAUGUGGCAUCCUUGGUGCUACCGUCAUCUCCAACGCUCUAUUCAUCACACAUCUCAUUGUUCCGGAUCAGACGAGCACCUCCGAUACGUGCGAUACUACCGAGGCUGGUGACAAUGCUCUGUUCGACUACUGCGAUAGCAAGAACCUCCUCGUCUGUGGCUGGAUACACACACAUCCCUCGCAAUCCUGCUUCCUUUCGUCUAGAGACUUGCACACUAGCUCAGGCUAUCAAGUCAUGCUACCGGAAGCUAUUGCAAUUGUGUGCGCCCCCAGGCACAUGCCCGACUGGGGUGUCUUCAGGCUGACGGACCCGCCCGGUCUGCCUCACGUACUAGACUGCAAACAGAGUGGACUCUUCCACCCACAUACUGAGAACAAUUUGUACACGGAUGCACUACGGCCUGGCCAUGUGAUGGAAGGCCCGUUGGAGUUCGAGGUCGUGGAUCUCAGAACUCCAUGA